GAUCAUUAUUAUAAAGGCAGGAUAGGUAAGCCUUGAAAACAUUGUUAGCAUUUAUGAACAGUUAUGAUAGUUUUCAAAUUUAAUUCAAACAAACACAAACCCCGCUAGUCUUCUAGUGGUCGCCUCAAAUAUGGCCACCAAACGAGCAUCUUCUAGACGAUCUUUAAGUACCGAUUUUCGCAUGCUUAUUGGAGUUGUUGCCGAUUUGGAAACUACGAUUGGAUUUUUAUUGGCAGGUGUUGGAGAAACAAAUGGUUCUCAACAAUUAGAUAAAAACUUUAUGAUCGUAACAGAAGAGACAUCGCCUCAUGAUGUGGAACAUUUUUUUACAUAUUUGUGUGGGCGCAGAAACAUAGGAGUAAUUUUUGUUGCUAGUGAUGUGAUAAAAAUCUUGACACAAGUUAUAUCUCGCGUUACUAAAACUAUACCAAUUAUUUUAGAAAUUCCCACUAAAAAUACAAUUGUCCAAUCACUUGAAACAAAGCACCAAGCUUCAAAAAAACAGAAACUGAGAGAUGCUAACUAAAUUAUCAAUAUAUAUGUAUGUACAUGUAUGUAUUACAUAUGUAAUAAAUUAAAUACUGAAUACAUUUAAAAUCCUUGAGGAAACACGUAUGUGUGUACAAAUAAACUUUAUAUUCUAUA